AGCUCGGACCUAUUGUACCAAAGGAGCGCGUGUAUGUAUAGUUGCAGCCUCGCUCCUCCGGUCUGUGUGCUCGUUCGGUUUUAGCCGGAUCCCACAUUUCGCUACGUUAGCAUACAGUAGCUAACACACAAGAUGUCGAGGGUGUACAUUGGAAGACUGAGCUACAGGGCCCGAGAAAAGGACGUGGAGAGGUUUUUCAAAGGCUACGGGAAGAUACUCGAGGUCGACCUGAAAAACGGGUAUGGGUUUGUUGAAUUUGAUGACCCCCGUGAUGCAGAUGAUGCUGUUUAUGACUUAAACGGCAAGGAGUUGUGUGGUGAAAGAGUCAUUGUGGAGCACACCAAGGGACCCCGUCGGGAUGGAGGUUAUGGUGGUGGUGGUGGUGGCGGAGGUAGUAGUAGUGGUGGUGGCGGCGGCGGCAGAGGAGGAGGAGGAGGAGGAGGAGGCGGCGGAGGAGGAGGAGGAGGCGGCGGCGAUAGAGGAGGAGGAGGAGGAGGUGGUGAAGGAGGAGGAAGAAGCAGCAGCAGCAGUGGAUAUGGUCGCUUUGGAAGAGACAGAUAUGGUCCACCCAUAAGGACAGAUUAUCGGCUCAUUGUUGAGAAUCUUUCCAGUCGCUGCAGCUGGCAGGAUUUGAAGGACUACAUGAGACAGGCAGGGGAGGUGACUUAUGCCGACACCCACAAGGGCCGCAGGAACGAGGGGGUGAUAGAGUUCAGGCUCUACUCCGACAUGAAGAGGGCUCUGGAGAAGCUCGACGGCACCGAAGUGAAUGGAAGGAAGAUCCGUCUGAUCGAGGACCGCCCUGGAGCCAGACGCAAGCGCUCUUAUUCUCGCAGUCGCAGCCACUCCAGGUCCCGCUCCAGGAGCCGCAGGUCUCGUAAGAGCCGCAGCCGCAGCGAGAGCAGCAGCCGCAGCCGCUCCCACUCCAGAGCGGCGUCCCGCUCCCGCAGCCGAUCUCGUAGCAAGAAGAAUAAGCUGAAGGUCAAGAAGGAAGAAGAAGAGCGCAGCAAUGGCGCGCCGAAGAACAAGGACCGCAGCAGGAGCCGCAGCCCCAAGAGCCGCAGCCCCAAGAGCAAAAAGAGCAAGAAAGACGUCAAGAAGAAGAAGGAUGACUCCAGGUCUCGCUCUAGGUCUCGUUCCAGGUCUCGCUCUAGAUCAGGAAUUAAAGAUCGCUCCAGGAAAUCAGGCUCCAAGGGCCGUGAGCCAGUUAAGAGCGAGGACGAGGGGGCUGAGCCCGAGAGGGGCUCCCGCUCUCGUUCCCGCUCCCCCGCUGAAUCCAAAUCCAGAGCCAGGUCUAAAUCAAAGUCCAAAUCCAAAUCACGUACCCCCACACCUGCCAAAGCCCGCUCCCGCUCCCGCUCGGAGUCCCGCUCCAAAUCCCACUCUGCCUCUCGCUCCCGUUCCCGCUCUUAGUUCAUAUUUUUGACUGUUGUCAUGAGCCCUUAUCCCAGUGUCUCCCCCCUGCCCUCCAUUUACAUUCCCCAGAUCCCACAACACUACCCCUGCCCCUGUUUUUUGAUAAAUAGCUGUAGUGUUCCAGGCAUUUGUGCUUGAUGUCUUUUAUGCACAUGCUACUCCAUUUCCUUUGACUUUUACGCAACAUAUUUUUUCAUUAGAGCUGUAUCGUAUGGGGGUGUUUGUAAAAUAACAGGGUGCAAUCUCAGUUUUAUAAGUUUAAAUGAUGGUAUGUGUUUUAGCCUUUUUUUAAUCAAGUGUAGAAGCAUACGGUUCGGUGGGAAUAUGUCCUAACGUCUCCUCACCUUUUGUGAAAUUCUUGUAUCAUUUUAUUUCCGAUUAAAAUAAAAUGCCUGUUCUAAAGUGG